AUGUCACAGUUCCGAGCGAAGAAGCUCGACCUGGGCUGCUUCAUCAACAUUCGAGUCAUUCGAGACCACACCAAGCGCAAGGUCUUCGCCGAGCAUGAGCCCGAAAGACAAGCACUCCGGUACAUCAUCCGCAACACGACUCUUCCCCAACGAACGCGCGCCCAAGCGCAGCUACAACUGUCCCAGAUGCACUGCUACACUCGGGGCACUCAGAUCAAGAACCGGUGUAUAAUGGGUGGGAAGGGCAGGGGCGUCUUCAGGGACUUUAGAUUAGCAAGGUUCCAAUUCAGAAUGAACGCUCUCGCUGGCAAUCUCCCAGGUGUCAAGAAAGCGAGCUGGUAG